AUGGACCGUCCUGAGCCAGGACUGCUGAAGUGGUCGCCCAAUGCGAGCCGUGACUCUUUUCUCCAUCUCAAUCUGCAACACAGGGUCGUCCAGCUCUAUGAGCCCACGGGCCACGCGCACCGCGGGCGCUUCGACUAUAGGAAGGUCUCAAAACACGAUGAUGUGCCGCCCUUGACCACUUAUGACUGGUCGCCCUCAACACCCGGCUUGGUUGCCGUUGGCACAUCCACCGGUAUCGUCAACUUGCUGAGGGUCGACGACAGCUCUAAUGCAUACAUGGAACUGGGCCUUAAGGUAGCCCGAACCUGCUUGGCAGUUGCUUUCAACACCACCGGCUUGCUUGCUGUCGGACUGGACAGAGUACGGAAUGACCAGUGCCUGCAUAUAUGGGAUGUCAAUCGCCUUUCCACCAUUCACGCCUCCGGGUCGGGGUUUUCUGCCAGCACAGAGCCCUUCAGGGACCCCUGGAAGCGACUCGAGCACAAUGCUUCCAUCUCCAGCAUCAAAUUCUUCGAGGACAACCCCCAAACUUUGGUCGUCGGAAUCAAGGGCUCUGGCCUACGACUCCAUGAUCUUCGAGAAGGGAAUGAGGCGGUUGUUACUUUCCAGACCAAGAACAAUAACAACCUCGCUAUCGACUACGCAGACCAGAACUAUUUUGCUUCCUCGGCUCUGGACUCACCAGGGGUCAUGAUAUGGGAUCGAAGAGCACUCAGCCGCAACGUAGCCACUCCGUCAUACCUGGAUGCCGUGGACACGGACGAUAUGCCCUUCGGCGGCGCCCUGAAACUCGAUAGGGCCGUGGACAUGGAGAGUGAUCCCCAGGCCAGGGCCGACAGGAAUUCUUUCAUUCGAAAACUGGCCUACUGCCGCGAUCAUAGGGGCAUGUUAGCUGUAUUAAAGUCAAACGAGAUGGACAACUUCUAUUCGGAAGUCGACCGGAAGAAUGAACGCAUCGUCUCGUUCGACUGGCUCACCAUGCCAUCCGCUGCAUUGCGGCCGAGACUCCUGGUGCUCCGGGCAAAUGGUGCAUUCGAGAUACUCGAGGUACCGUCUUUUACUAGGACAUACCCAUACAAGUUAACCCCGUGGCAGGCACCAUAUAGGGGUAUAGCAGAGGGAAGUUCAUAUCAUAGCAUCAUGAAGUUCGAUACUAGUCAAACCAUCGAUACAUUAGGGCCCUUCUUUGUGGAAAAUGCGCUUUCCGAAAUCCCUAUCUUUGGCAAAGAAAAGGCUGAUGUUGGUGCCAUAGCUGAGGAAGCCCUGAGGACCUACGCUCCGGAAGAUGACCUAUUGUUGGAUGAAGCAGCAAGCAAAGUCCCUCUUCCCGAGGCUUUUGUCCGCUCCAAAACUAUUGCAGAGAAGCUACAGUCAUUGAGGGCAUAUAUUCAGAGUAUUACCAGCUCAAAUGAAUCUGACUCUGACAAACAAUUGAAGAAGCUGAGCGGGAUCUCGUUGGAUCCGUCGUCGAGUUCCUCCAAUCGUUCGCUUCACGAGAGUCUUCUCAAAUCUACGGUGGAGCUCACUGGCUUCCCGAAAGCCGCUCAAGUCAUUUUGGAUCAUGUCAUGCUCUUGAGAGCGAAGGAGAAAUAUCUCUUCGACUGUCGUGUCAAUCGUGCUGUCGUCGCCGACGACCCUUGGCUUAAGGGCGUUUGGGGCUGGAUUGGAGGUGAAAGACCGAGUUCAAGAAUCAUCGAGGGCGCACCUCAUGUUGGCACAACAGUUUGGCAGCGUUGCAUAAAUGGAAUAUGCAAACGACGUGGUUUGCACAGCUACGACGGUGUCGAUACCAAGAAACCUUAUCACCGUCAAUUAAUGUUGGACAUCUGUCUGUGGGGAGCGUCUGCCGUCUCGGAAGACACUGUGGAUAUAAGUGGUAAGAGCAUUGAGAAAGCGUCCUUCUGGUAUACCAGGAUGACUGCACACGCUCUUUUCAGGGGUGACUCUGAGGGAGCAGUGCGGAUUCUCAAGGACGCCAGCAAGGCACAUCCCGAGCUUCUUUUUGUCUCUCUUGCUCUUCAACUUGUUAGCAAGGGAAAUCGGGAUAUGGCAGCUGAGCAAUUGGAUUUCGACGAGGCCGUCGCUGCGAAGACUGACCCCUACCUUCGCGCAAUUUCGUCCUACAUUGCAACUGGGGACUGGGCGACCAUAGCGAACCAGAGAUCUCUUCCCCUGCGCGACCGCACAUUCGUGGCUGUGCGCAACUUUGGCGAUGAUCGACUGACUCAAUGGCUCGCCGCCGAGGUCGAGGAGGCCAUUAGUGAAGGAGACAUCGAGGGUAUUGUACUGACGGGUAUCACGGAGAAGAUGGUCGAUAUUCUGGCCAAGUACGUCGAGAAAUUCCACGACAUACAGACGGCCACGCUGAUAAUGUCGUUCUGCGCGCCCCGCUACAUCGAUGACCACCGGUGCACGGCAUGGCGCAAUGCGUACCGCGCAUACCUGCAGCGCCACAAGGCCUUUUAUCAGCGCACCAAGUUCGAGGUUGAGAGCACCAAGCGCAGCAAGCGAGACGGACGCCCUACGAUCAAGGCACCCUCGCGGCAGAUCGCGCUACGCUGCGUCUAUUGCGACGCCGAGACUUCGCUCCUGCGCGCCUCGCCGGCGGCGCCCCUCACCGGUGGACCGGCAUCCGGAACGAUCCCGGGGCCGUUCCACAACGGCAGGGGCGUUGUUCCCAACCCGUACACUGAGAAGAUGGCGACGCCUGGGAUUGCUUGUCCCAACUGCAAGAGGCACCUGCCGCGGUGUGUCGUCUGCCUCGAGGUGGUGGGGAUCCCUAGGUCGGACACCCCGGCGGCGGCAGUAGAACCGGAGGUGACCAAGUUGGCCUCACGGUUCCCUACCUUCUGUCUCAAGUGCGAGCAUGUCCUCCAUUUGGAUCACGCGAGGCAAUGGUUCGCUCGGCACAAUGAGUGUCCUGUCCCUGAGUGCCGGUGUCGGUGUAAUUUCAGAGCGAACCCGGAGUUGAAUUACCGUUGA